UAUUAUAUUUAAAGGCAGCUAAUUGUUAAUGCUCUUUACAAAAACAGCGCGAUUUACAUGAGUAGUAGGAAAAGGACAAAGUAAUAUUAAACAACCUAUUGUUAAAAACAAAGCGUACAAUUCGAGUGAUAAAAGUUUAGCAUCCCUAAAUAUGUCUUGGUUUAACCUUUGGGACGGUUUAAAAACAAAGACUUGCAGAUAUUUGCUUCAAAGGUAUUUAGGACAGUUCUUUGAAAAUAAUCUCAACUUGGAACAAUUAAAGGUGGAUCUUUAUAACGGAAAAGCAGUAGUCGAAAAUGUUUCACUUAAACUGAAUGCCUUCAACGACUUGUGUGAAGAACAAGGCUGGGCAUUUGAAGUCGUCUCCGGGCACAUAGGAUGUUUAACUGCGAUUGUUCCGUGGAAUGCUCUGAUGACUAAUGACAGUUCCCUCGAGAUAUUUAACUUAACAAUAACUCUUCGACCUUUCAUACGUAAGCAAAAUGGAACAACUAUGUUAGAAUCAAUGUGGUCAUCAGUGAGCAGCUCAAUGCAGAUGGCAGAAGAAUGUAUGAAUCAAGUAGACGAUGAUGUACCUUUUCUAAUUCACAACAACGCGAUAAUAGGACUGGAAAAGUUUGCAGAAACAAUCGACAAUGUACUAAAUCGCAUACAUGCUAAUUUAAAGGAUACCACAGUAAACAUUGAAUAUAUUUUACCGAAUUCAGGGAGAAAACUGCUGAUAUCUUUUCAAGCUAAUCAUGUGGAGUACAAAAAUAUGACUGGCAAUGAAAAGACUCCGCCAACCAUAAAUGAAAAAAGUGAAAGCAACAGUGAUGAUCGGGAAAAUAAUUGUAAUAUUAGUCCAUUGCCAACGAUCACGAAACACAAUUUAAUUUUGAGAGGUUUAACCAUACUUACAUCAGAAACAUUUUUAGUUGAAAACAACGAAGAUCGUAAAGAAUGUAAUCACAAGACCAAAUCGAUUACAAAAUUAUCCAAAAUAGUUGAAUUAAAGGGAUAUCAAAACAUUCAAAUCAAUAUUAAACAAGAUGAGAAUAUUAUUGGUCCAAAAGUAAACCUUGAAGUUAUCCUUGAUGAAAUUGUAGUGAUGCUAACUCCUCGACAAAUACAUUUAUUGAUUGAAAUUAUAAAUGGAUUUAACAAUGAAUAUCCAACGGAAAAUAUUGUGAUUAAAGACAGAGAGUCAGAUACAGCACAAGAAUAUUCUGAAAGUACAAAAAUGUCAGGAGUUAUUACACCUAGUAAAGAAUGGGGAAAAGACAAAACUAUUUCCGGAAUACGAAGUUUUCCGAUCGCAGAUAACAUAAAAGCCUUGUCUUCCAACAAACGUCGGCUAACGGAUUCUAUCAUAAGCUCAGAGUCUGCACAUAGUACGACAACAUCAUUUGCAAACGCGAACCAGGAAAAAAAUAAUUUAGAAAAAUCUGGUGAAAUUUUAAAGUUUAAAAUGCAAAUUGCUUGCGUAAUGGGAAUUAUUCUUCAUAAAGAUAUAUUAUUUUCGAACUGUCAAAAUGAAUAUGGAUACCAACUAAUUAAUGUUGAAAGCUAUCAGAAUCUUUCUAGGAUUGAAAAUAAUUUUUUUAUGUUUGUAAAUAAGGAUAAUCCAGUGCAAGAAUUGGAGCUCCCUGAAGGAAACAGCAGCUAUUUAUUUUUCAAAGUUUCACCAAUAUUAUUAAAUGGUAAUCAACAGAGACAGUAUCAUGAGCUAUCAUCUAUUAUUUCUGUAUCAGCAACAAUGGUUGAUGUAUCGGAAAUUCUUGAUAACAACGCGGACAGCCUCAUACUAUUUAGCCGAACAAAGAAUUGUGUAGACGGCUAUCAUAAACAUCCAGAAGUCAUGGUGACUUUUUCCUCACUUUUCAGUGGUGAACAAAAUUGCAACCGCAAUUAUAGCAAAGUUGAAUGUAUCUUAGAUGACUGUCUUGUUGAUUUAGACAUAUCUAUUUACGACAGAUUAAGUGCACAUUUUGCACCAUCUCCGUUUUUAAAGGAAUAUAACUCGAAGUACUUAAAAUUGGAUAAUUCUAAAAGCACCAUAGAAGUGUAUAUUCAAUCACCUUUCUUAAAACUACACUUAAGGUUUCCAAUGGUUGAUGGGAGAUUACCAGAAGACCCAAAUAAAAUUGCCUGGUGGAAAAAAAAUAUACGGAGAGAUUAUUUAGUAUUUAACUUUCAAAAUAUUGCUAUUACCUGGAAAAGCCACUUGCGUAUAGUUGCAGAUGAGAUACAAAUAUUUUAUGCUCAUGGCAAUUUGGGAAAUGACGUCACACACAUAAUCAACUGUGUUUCCUAUAAUGUUGAGGGAUGUGCAACUAACCAAAAAAAUGAAAAGGGCAUUUGUAUUGAUGUUGAACAAGCAAAGCAAAUCUCACACUCUCUGCCUGAUGACGUAAAUGAUAAAAAUCAUUCGCCUUUUAGUUCCAAAUGUACAUAUGGUUUCACAUCACCCGUGGAAGGACUACAAUACGAAACAGGUCAAAAUUCUUUUCUACCUGGUGAGACAGAGGAGUUGGACGACUUCUGUCACAAAACAAUGACAAGAUCUGAUUUACAAAUUUCGGUAUUUGUGCCACUAGUGAAAGUUGUUCUAGAAUCCAAGCAACUUUAUGAGAUAAUGUACAAUCGUAUUAAUGGAGACUUAUUUAUGUGGGAACCGAGAUCACCUUUAUUUAAGACGCAUGAGGUUCGAUCGCAUACUGAAUACAAUUCAUCUGAUGACUGUGAGCCAAAAAAAGUGUGUCAUAGUCCUAAUGGAAGUCUUUUAAACAAAAGUAUUUACUUUUCAUUAGACAGCAACAAAUCUUUAAUGGAAAAAUUAGUUAAAAAAUCUAAAAAUAACUGUGCGCUGAAAUUAGUUAUUGAUGAAAUGAAACUAAUUAUGUGUACACAAGUUCGGGAUAUCGAAACUCAUGUACAUCCUAGUCAAUCAGGAAAAUUUCAGUUCGAACUAAAAGAACUACAGCUUUUUAUUGUGAUGGGAUUUAAUGGUGACAAAAAUCUUAAUUAUAUAUGCAUUCAAUUGAAUGAAAUGAAUAUCCUUCAUUGUGGCCUUGUACCAACAUCUUCAUCUACCGCUUGGUCUGACGAAGUUGAUGAAAAUAUUUACCAAAUAAUCCAUAAUAUUCCAAAAUUGCAUCAGAUUUCGAAUAAACGGAAAGAAACUAUAGCGGUUGCAGCUGAAAUAAAAAAAUAUCCAAAACAGAAUUUGAAGAGAAUGAAAGUUUCAUUUGGGAUUAACGGAGUAAUUUUAAGGCAUACUGCAACCCUUCCCGGCCAUUCUUGGCUAACGCAACUAAUUGACUUUUUGGAUAUUGCCGAUUUUCCUAUUGAUGCAUAUCAGCCGUUUGCUCUUGUAACAGAAAUUCAAGUUCAUUUAUGGAACUCAGCUAUUGACUAUAGGCCAAAACAUUUUAUGUACCGCGCUGUAAUUGAUAUUGGCUCUGGUAAUCUGAGUAGCAACAUUGUUUCCUCCAUCAGUGGAUGCACAUUAGGAUUGAUUGCUGAAGAUUGUGUCCUUAAAAUUGGUCCAUAUGAACACCGUACUAAUAAAUCUAAUUUCCAUAUCAGUACUGGUUCAUUAAUACCAGUUUUGGAUAUUGGCUUGUUUAAUAUUUCGUUGAGAUUAAAUGAGCAAAAAACACUUACUAGACCCCGAAUCGAUAUACGCUGUUCAAUUCAUGAGGUACAUCUACGCACUUGUUUUGACUCAGCUUCUGCGUUAGCUCAACUUAUUUCAUAUGUUGCCAAUGAGAGUGACCUUAGUCCCAUGGACGAAACUGCUCAUGAUUGCAAAAACAACAAAAAUGAUUCCAGCAGCUUUUUAUUAAGCCAAGUAAACAAAAAUGAGGACCAGUCACAGGAACAUGUAAAUAAGCUUAUAAAAGAAGCAUUAAAAGAUGCAGAUCAUGUACCGUUAACAGCACAAAUAUCAAAUGAUAUUGCCAAAAAAGCGACAGUGGAAGUCUUUUUUUUUCCAGACGAGCCCGAUGAAAAAAUUGUUAAGUCACAGAAAGCUUUUGGAAGUGACUGCAACAUUUCCGAUGCAUGCAAUAUAUUAAAUUUUGAGUCAAAUGUCAUGCUACAAUCAUAUUAUAACAACAAAACACACCAAAAAUCUCUACCUUUCAUACAAGCUGACCUUGGAAGCAUAACACUAGGAGAUCAAAUCUUGCCAGAGGAAAAAGAAUUUUGCAUUAUAAAUGAGGAUGGUAUGGAUCAAUUUGGAAUAAAACAAAUAAACGUGUCUGAAGAUCCACUCAGAAUAGUUGAAAAUCAUUUCUGCCUGCCACAUGAGAAAGUUGAUCUCCUACGUGCCCCAGUAAACUUUCCCGAUGCCGAGUAUAGCUACACAUUAUGUGAGAUGACAAUAACAUGGCACCUAUUUGGAGGAAAGGAUUUUCCUGAUAAGCCCGAAUCGCAGGAGAAUUCGAGACCUUCAGCUGUAAUGUCGGAAACAUAUAAAUAUGGUGUAUCUCAGGGUCACGAAGGUUCUGCAAAGAAUUAUGAACCAAAUAUUUCGCACGGGUUUGAAUCAUUUGGAAGAAAUACCAAAGUACUUGUGGAAAUUCAAUUAACGAAAAUUCGUUUUUCGCACGAAAUAUAUCCGCAAACGUCGAUAUAUUCAUCCCGACAAGUGCUACUCGUAUCAGAUAUAGAAAUUCGUGACCGUUUGCAAUCUUCAGAUAUCAACAAGCUACUUUACCGUGGCAAUAAUAAAAACAUAACUGGGAAAAAUGAAGAUUCUAUGGUAAUUAUUAAAGCACUGCAUGUACGGCCAGACCCUCAAAUCAGUAGGAUUGAAGAAUGUUCUCUGAGAGUUUCCAUUACACCAAUAAAACUAAAUAUUGAUCAAGAUACUUUGUUAUUUAUUGAGGAAUUUUUUGCCGCUCUCUUGGAAAUUUCGGCGGUUAACUCUUGUCCAAAUGAUUCCAAAUUGCAAUCAAAUAUAUUGGGACAUGAUACACCGGUUAUGUCAGUCAAUCAAGUUUCUGAAACUACAGAUGAAAUGGAGAUUAAAAAUAUGGAAGAAAAACUAGAAACAUUACUAAAUGAUACUAUGUCAGCUAGGGCAGAAACGGAUGGAAAUACCAAUAAACUCCCAAUAUACUUCCGGGAGGUCAUUUUCAGUCCGGCAGUACCAAUAUGCUUAGACUAUCAUGGCCGUCGAAUAGAACUAUCACGUGGCCCAAUAACAGGCCUUUUAAUGGGACUUGCUCAGCUACAAGGCUCAGGAAUAUGUCUGCGCGAAAUUAUAAACCGGAGAGGCCUUUUAGGGUGGGAUAGACUGCUCACAUUUCUAUGUAAGGAAUGGCUAAAAGAUAUAAAGCGGAAUCAACUCCCCACUAUUUUAAGUGGCAUUGGUCCAACAAAUGCUGUAUUGCAAUUAUUUCAUGGUCUUUAUGAUCUCUUUUGGCUUCCUAUUGAACAAUAUAAUAAGGAUGGAAGGAUUAUUCGAGGCUUUCAAUUAGGAGCUCAAAGUUUUGGCGCCCGUACUGCCAUUGCUGCGCUUGAAAUAACUUCUAGGAUUAUUAAUAUACUGCAGUUCACGGCGGAAACCACUUUCGAUAUACUUUCGGCAGGACCAUCCGUAAGAAAUAAAAGGCAAAUGAAGCAAGGAAAAAAACGACGAAACCGCCCAAAAGAUAUCCGUGAAGGUGUUGCUAAUGCGUAUACAUUAGUAAAAGAGGGCAUAAAUGACUCCGCGAAUACUUUAAUUGAAGCGGCAAUAACGGAACAUGAUCAAAAUGGAUAUACCGGUGCAGUUGGCGCUAUAGUUAGGCAAAUACCACAGUUAGUUGUAUGCCCGGCUGUUUUAGCAACUCAAGCAACUACUAAUAUCUUAGGAGGGGCGAAAAGUUCUUUGGUGCCUGAUGCGAACGUUGAGGCACGAGAAAAAUGGAAACAUGAAAAUAAAUAAUAUAGAUAAAACAUUACUUUAUGAUAAUAAAUUCACAAUAUUAUUAUUUUAAAAUGAUAAAUAAUUAAAAAAUAUAACCAAUACGAAUACGUAUGAAGUUUUGGCACAAAUAAGAAAUAUAUAUAUUUGUUAUUAAAAAUGGCUUAA